AUACAUUAAAAUAACAAAAAAGACAUUGCCACUUUUUAAAAAUAAAAGAUAGUUAUAGUACAGAGAUAACUGGGCCAUCAUAGGCUAUUAUAAAAUAUUUCGGGACAGUUUGAUCAUACUGAACAAAUUUAAUAUCUAUUAGGGCUGUUUGACAAGGGUGAUAAAGUAAACUCAGGUGUGAGAAUCACUGGAGGCUCAGGUAGAUUGAUUACAAUGAAAAGGGGCGUGCUCCUCUUCUGCAGACUAGAUCAUAUGAUCUGAAUCCUUCGGACAAACUUCCCGUUUAUUGAAGAGGAUUCAAGCUGCAGCAGAGUUCCAGAAUAAGCUUUUACAAAGCAGCAGCCGGGAUGAAUACAGCCUGAAGUACAUGAGCGGCUCUAUGGGCAGCAGGAGGCAGAAAGCAGCGGAUGAUGGAGAGCAUCUCAUCGAGCCUCCGUCCUCCUCCUCCGGUGGGGAUCCGCUGGACCAGGACGCCCCCACGCCGGGGUUCGUGUACCUGCUGGCGGUCUUCUCCGCCCUGGGAGGCUUCCUCUUCGGGUAUGACACCGGGGUGGUGUCCGGGGCCAUGCUGCUCCUGAAGAAGGAGAUGGACCUGAGCGCUCUGUGGCAGGAGGUGCUGGUGUCCAGCACCGUGGGGGCGGCGGCGCUCUCCGCCCUGGCUGGAGGCCCCCUGAACGGCUGGCUGGGCCGCAGGGUCUGCAUCCUGCUGGCCAGCUUCAUCUUCAGCGUCGGGGGCGUCAUCCUGGCUGUGGCCCCGGGCAAGGAGGUGCUUCUGGUGGGCAGGAUCACCGUUGGACUGGGCAUAGGCAUUGCCUCUAUGACUGUUCCUGUAUACAUCGCUGAAGUUUCCCCGCCUCACCAGAGAGGUCAGCUGGUCAUCAUCAACUCCGCCUUCCUCACUGGAGGCCAGUUUGUGGCCAGUGUGAUCGACGGAGCGUUCAGCUACCUGAGACACAACGGCUGGAGGUACAUGCUGGGUUUGUCCGUCAUCCCGGCGGCGCUGCAGUUCGUCGGCUUCAUCUUCCUGCCCGAGAGCCCCCGCUGGCUCCUGCAGAAGGGCCGCAGCCAGGAGGCCCGUCAGAAUCUGAUCCGGAUCAGAGGAGGCCGCAGCGUGGACGAGGAGUACGACGCCAUCAGGAGCAGCAUCGAGGACGAGCAGAAAGAGGCGGGUGCAGGAGGUCUUGUUAUUCUGCGGAUCCUCCGCUACGGUCCGACCCGCAGGGCUCUCAUCGUGGGCUGCGGCCUGCAGAUGUUUCAGCAGCUGUCUGGGAUCAACACCGUCAUGUACUACAGUGCGACCAUCCUGCAGAUGGCCGGGGUUCGGGAUGUUAAACAGGCCAUCUGGUUGGCUGCUGCAACUUCUGCCACCAACUUUGUGUUCACCCUGGUUGGAUUGUGGCUGGUGGAGAGAGUCGGCCGCAGGAAGCUGACCCUGGGCAGUCUGUUAGGUACGGGUCUGAGUCUGACUUUAUUGGCAGUCGGGUUCUUAUUGUCUGCUCAGUAUUCUCCGCCCGUCACGCUCCACCCGGUCGGCCCUCAGAACUCAACCUGCAGACUUUACGGGUCGUGUGAACUCUGCAUGUUGGAUCCAGAUUGUGGAUUUUGUUACCGUGGCAACAGCUCCUCAGUGUUCGACUCCUCCUGCGUUCCUGUCAGUCAAUCGUCCACAGAUCACGCCGCCUGGGGAAGGUGUAGCGAGCAGACGGAGGGACCAGGCAGCCCCAUCUGGGCCUACAACUUCUGUCCCACAUCCUUCUCCUGGCUGGUCCUGCUGGGCCUCAUCCUCUACCUGGCCUUCUUCGCUCCAGGGAUGGGUACGAUGCCGUGGACUGUGAACUCUGAGAUCUACCCUCUGUGGGCUCGCAGCACCGGGAACGCCUGCUCAGCCGGCGUCAACUGGAUCUUCAACGUCCUCGUGUCUCUGAGCUUCCUGCACGCCGCCCAGUACCUCACCUACUACGGAGCGUUCUUCAUGUACGUGGGUCUGGUGCUGCUGGCGCUGCUCUUCGUGCUGGGCUGCCUCCCGGAGACCAAAGGCCUGCAGCUGGAGGACGUGGACCACCUGUUCUCCGGUCGCCUCUGCUCCUGCGGAUCCUCGUCACCUAGCAACAGCCACGUCCACUACAUCCGGCAAGGCCCGGCCCAGUACGGAGCGGUGGGCUCGGACUCUGCUAUAGCCUUUAUAACUGUAAGUACGGCAACAAGGAGAAUAACGUUUCUGCUGUGCUACAAAUUUUGCCUUUUUAAUUCUCAAUUUUUUUGUAUUUGCAGCUCAGAUAACGGUGACCAAGUAGCCCUCGAGUACUUUAAACAGAACAACUUUAUUCACAAAAUGCUGUUUGCACACUUUAAUCAAUGCAAAUUUGCAUUUUAAUAUCUAAAAACUGAAGAAGAUUAUAAAGAAGAAGUUUUCUGAUGCAGCUCUGUUUUUACUGCAGUGCAAACUAGAUAUUGACAUUUCUGUGCAGCUGAUGUUCCUUCUCAAAUGUUUUUAUUCAAGAA